GCAUGGCAGAAGCUCAAGUUAUGCCUGGUUCACACUACAUGAUUCUAGCCCUGAUUUUCGCUCGGUGACGGGUCGGUGCUGGAUUCGGGAGGAACUCGGUGUUCGCUCUGCGAUCAAAACUCGGCUCUCAAUCAAUGGAAGAGGUUUAGGAGUCAAACAGAGGACGGCGUGGAUGAACCAGAUAACCGUCUCAAUAAUUCUCCAAAUCUCAAGACCUUAUCCACCAUGGCCAAACUGGAAGACUGGGUCUCUGAUCCUGAAAACAGCCAGAAACUGAUUGAUGACCUGGAGAAGAAGCUCAAACAGGGUGAAAUUGAGGCUUUGAAAGAUUCUCUGAAGGAUAAGAAGCUGAAAAAGAGUCUGUGUCUCACUGCUAAAGAGAUUAACGAGAUCAGUCGUAAAAAAGAACUAAAGUUGUUUCUCGAACAGAGAAAAAGCUACAUUUCCUAAAUCGAUGUUAGGGUUGUUUUUUGAAAAGGACAAAGACCACGUUACAGCUGCAAAAGUAUCGAUGUUGGUAGAAAAUGAUGAUGAUUAAGAGUUCAUGCAGAUAAAUGCAGAAGAGUCAGGCAGCAGUAGAUAUGGAUCGUCAUUUAGCUUGACUGACCGCUCACUGUCACAAACUAAUGAUCAGUUACAGGUUGUGACAAGCCUUCAUACCAUCAGUCACCCAAUAGUCACUGGCGUUCCAUGUAGUGAGAAGAAAACUAGCGACAGUGAGUCCAAAAACGCUGAUCUGGGCUGUGUAUCGCCAGCAGAGGAGCUUGGUUCUCGAUCAUUACAGACAUGUGAACCAACAGUGGUCCAGGAGAAAGAUAAACUUCUACCAACAGAGGACCUGCAGGAGGUACAGUUUAAGAAUACACCUCAAAUAUCAGAUGUUCCGAGAUCUGAGAAAAAUUUUUAUGAUGGUCAUCAGAAUAAGUGUUUUGGUACCUCUCUACAUGCAGUAGUGGACGAGCCAAUGAAAAACAAGGGGCUGCAAGAUCUUAAGAUCAAAGCAAGAAGUGGUUCUGAUGUCCCAAAGCAUCCAUAUGUUCUUCAUGGUGAUCAGAAUAAGUGUUACGGUACCUCUCUACAUGCAGUAGUGGAUAAGCCGAUGCAAAAUGAGGGGCUGCUAGAACUCCAGUGUAAGGAAAGAUGUGGUUCUGAUGUCCUAAAUCAUCCAGAUGUUUUUGAUAUCCUUCAGGACCAGAAUGAGCAUUAUGUUACCUCUCAUCCUGCAGCAGCAGGUGACCUGAUGCAAAACGGGGGACUGCAAGAUCUUCAGUUCAAAGAAAGAAAUGGUUCAGAUGUCCUAAAGCAUCCAGAUGUUCUUGAUGGUGAUCAGAAUGAGAAUUACGCUACCUCUCCACAUGCAGUAGUGGACGAGCCAAUGGAAAAUGAGGGGCUGCAGGAUCUUAAGAUCAAAGAAAGAAAUGGUUCUGAUGUCCCAAAGCAUCCAUAUGUUCUUGAUGGUGAACAGAAUGAGCAUUACGGUACCCCUCUACCUGCUGUAGCAAACAACCUGAUGCAAAACGAGGGACUGCAAGAUCUUCAGUUCAAAGAGAGAAGAGGUUCUGAUGUCAUAAAGCAUCCAGAUGUUCUUGAUGGUGAUCAGAAUUAGCAUUACGAUACCUCUCCACAUGCAGUAGUGGACGAGCCAAUGCAAAACAAGGGGCUGCAAAAACUUCAGUGUAAAGAAAGAAAUGGUUCUGAUGUCAUAAAGCAUCCAGAUGUUCUUGACAGUCAUCAGGACCAGAAUGAGAAUUAUUGUACCUCUCUACCUGCUGUAGCAGAUGACCCAAUAAAAAACGAGGGGCUGCAAGAUCUUCAGUUUAAAGAAAGAAAGGUUGAUAUCUUAAAUCAUCCAGAUGUUCUUGUUGAUAAUCAGAAUAAGCAUUACGGUACCCCUCUACCUGCUGUAGUGGAUAAGCCAAUGCAAAACAAGGAACAAAAAGAUAUUCAGUUCAAAGGAAGAAGUGCUUCUGGUGUCCCAAAUAAUCCAGAUGUUCUUAAUAUCUAUCAGGGCCAGAGUAAGUGUUAUGGUACCUCUCUACCUGCUGUAGCAGACAACCUAUUGCAAAUCAAGGGGCUACAAGAUCUUCAGUUCAAAGAAAGAAAUGGUUCAGAUGUCCUAAAGCAUCCAGAUGUUCUUGAUGGUGAUCAGAAUGAGAAUUACGCUACCUCUCAACAUGCAGUAGUGGACGAGCCAAUGGAAAAUGAGGGGCUGCAAGAAUUUCAGUGUAAAGAAAGAAGUGCUUCUGAUGUCAUAAAGCAUCCAGAUGUUCUUGAUGUUGAUCAGUGUUAUGGGACCUCUUUACCUGCAGUAGUGGAUAAGCCAAUGCAAAACGAGGGGCUGCAAGAUCUUAAGAUCAAACAAAGAAAUGGUUCUGAUGUCCCAAAUCAUCCAGAUGUUCUUGAUGGUGAACAGAAUGAGCAUGACGGUACCUCUCUACCUGCAGUAGUGGAUGAGCUAAUGCAAACUGAGGGGCUGCAGGGUCUUCAGUUCAAAGAAAGAAAUAAUUUUGAUGUCCCGAAUCUUCCAGACAAUCAUGAUUAUGAUCAGAAUAUGCGUCACUGUACCUCCCUACCUGCAUUAGCAGAUUUCCUGAUGCAAAACAAGGGACUGCUAGAUCUUAAGUUACAAGCAAGAAGUGGUUCUGAUGUCCCAAAUCAUCCAGAUGUUCUUGAUGUUGAUCAGAAUAAGCAUUACGGUACCUCUCUACCUGCAGUAGCAGGUGGCCCAAUGCAAAACCAGGGACUGCAAGAUCCUAACUUAAAUGAAAGAAGUGCUUCUGAUGUCCCGAAUCAUCCACAUGUCCUUGAUGGCCAUCAGGGCCAGAAUAAGCAUUAUGGUACCCCUCUACCUGCUGUAGUGGAUGAGCUCAUGCAAAAUGAGGGGCUGCAAGAUCUUAAGUUCAAAGAAAGAAAUAGUUCUGCUAUCUUAAAUCAUCCAGAUGUUCUUGAUGGCCAGCAGUGCCAGCUACAACCAGUAGAAGAAAGCAUGGAUGUGCAGGAGACGGUCAGUGAACCAAAUAUGCAGUUUUACAAAAAUUCUUUAAAGCCUCUGCAGCCUGAUGGUCUGUUUGAAGCAAAUCACAGUAAAACUUAAUUUUCAUCCCGUUUUCAAAACACAUCAGUCAUGCAGCUCCAGUCUGAGGGUCGAGAUGAUGCACGGCUAGAGGAAAACAUGGACAUACAAGAGAACGUGUAUGAACCAAAUGAGCGUUUUAACCCCACGUCUGUUUACAGUAGGUUUAGUGAUCCAGCUGUGAGUUCUGUGACUGGUGCAGUGAAGGAUCAAGAUAAAGUACAGUCACUGGGUCAUGCUGAAAGUUCUUCAAAACUAUUUGCUACAGACAUUACAGGUCAACCCUUAAACCAAAGUACACCUUUAAAUGAGACCAAGAAAAGAAACAAUAACAGAAAGAAAGUGCUGAAGGAAAAUAAGCUGAAGAAGAUGAAGAAAAUGACGGAGCGGGACAUUGUGCUCCGUAACUGGGCUAUGAAACAAUGCAGCGGCAGUGAGGGGGAGAUAAAGGAAGUAUUUGAUUGUAUAUUGAUCAGUGAUGUUGUGGAACACAGCGAGUACUCGUUUCUAAAGGCUGAAAAUGUCAUGAACUAUAAGAACCCAAAAACUGGUGUAAAUAAAAUGAUUUACCUCACUGAUGAGAAAAAGUUCUCAAUCGACACACAAACUCUGCUCCAGUAUCACAUGUACGUGUGUGACAUUCCAUCGACGAUCGUCUUAGGUCCUCAAGAGGAAGAGAGGAGCAUCGACAGGUCUUUCACUAUAGACCCGUAUCUGUGGUGCAUUUCAAAGGUUUUUGUUCCUGCCUGCUCUUGCUGUGUACAAAAACAUCCAGCAAAAGAAAAAGCUGUACUCUCUGAUUUGAAAACGUGCAAAGAUCCGAAGCCAUCCGGUCACAUUUAAUUGUACAGAAUUUUUAAAACAUUUUCUUAAAGCAGAACUAAAUGAAACACGAAAGUAUUCAUUAAACGAGUUAUAAUCACCUUCAAUGCCACCACCCACUUGGAAGGACAAAGGUCAGGUGGGGUCACUUACAGCUGCCGCUGCAAUAUGAUAUCUUUGGGAAUGGGGUUAGGCACCGUGACUGGCCAGCAGAGGGUGUUGCUGCAGCGCUUGACCACUGUCCCUUCCACUUACAGACACCCAGCCAGUCGUGUGCCUGUGCAGCCACCUUGGCCGGUCAGUAGCACAGCUGAGAUUCGAACUUUGAUCUCAAAGUUAUAUAUGCUUUAUGCUUAUUAAAAAUGAUGCUUUUUGUUGUUUGCAGUAUAAUUACUGAUUUAUUUUCCUGAUUACAGUUGACUUAUUUUAAAAUGUCUGCAAAUUAUAUUAAAAUAAAGUGUUUUUCAUUA